AUGGCCUUCUUUACGCUAAGCUCCACCUCAGCUGACGUAGCACUACAGUACCCAUCCAUUGAAUUGCUAUGCCUGAGCACCGGCCUCCGGACUACGUCGCCGGCGGCGACCGGCGCCGGAGACGGCUUCCCGUCCAAUCCAAGGCCCUCAAAAAAGUCAGCGUCCAUGGACAGGCUCCGGAUAUGGGAUCUGAGCAUGGAACCGUCGCUCUUACCGGGCUGGGCCGGAGGCGGCCCGUUAGGGACUAGUGAUGGGGGAGCCGGCGGCAGCUCGUCAUCGAUAAGGAUGACGUCGAGAUCUGGAAAGCGGAAGAGGGUCUCUGAGUGGGCCCGUCGGUGUUGGGCCUGUUGGGUAGGGGUGUCGGGCAUCAGUUCGAGGUCGGCCCAGCCCGUUGGCAUGGGCUCUCUGGCAAAGCUGUUGUGGCCCGUCAUGCGUUUGCCCCAAUCUUCCACAACCGCGCCAUCCGCCACAACACUCAUCUCUGUCGGCGAUCAGUAUGAACAUUGUCGCCAUCCAGUGGUGGAUGUCGUCGCCGGCACCGUUGUAGCCCCACCGGUCCGGUCGCAUCAUCACCAUGGUGGACGCCGUCGGGAUGAAUGGCAUCCCCACGUGCAGUCGCUGCCCGUAGCCGUCCGCCACCCCUCGCCGCCUGCCGCCGUAGUAUUCCAUUUUAUUCAGAGGUCCGGCCUUCCCGCACCAUUCCCUACUAGUUGCCGGCCGUCGCCGUCCGCCCAAGCCCCGGCCAUUCUGCGCGCCUACCUUGCAACGUCGAUGACGGAUGAGCUCGCCGGCGUAGACGAUUCCAGCGGCUGA